ACACUCUACCGUAUGUGAAAACAGCUUAUUCAUUCCCCUCGCCAAUUCUUAAUCAAUCCUAAACUGUAUUUUGUUUACUUUCUAAUUAAUUACAACAAUUUGUCGUUUUGAAUUUGUUUUGUACCACGAUGUCUUCACCAUUUACAUUAAAUUGGGCUGAUGAUAGCCAUGAUCUAGAAAAAACUAAUUCACAGUUUGAUAGUUUGACACCUGAUUAUCUUAAGCAUCCUCAUAAAACUGGUACCACAUUGAUGGCAGCCAGCUAUGAUGGUGGAAUCAUGAUUGCUGCUGAUACUAGAACUUCAACCGGAACUUAUGUCGCAGGAAGGCUUACGGAUAAAUUGACAAAACUCACGGACAAAAUUUAUUGCUGCCGCUCUGGUAGUAGUGCAGAUACUCAAGCUCUUGCGGCUAUUGUUAAGUAUCAUCUAUCAUUCUACGAAGAAGAAAUCGGAGAACCAGCUUCCGUUGGAGUAGCAGCCAAUAUUUUUAGAGAUCUUAUUUAUCAGUAUAAAUAUUCAUUAACUGCUGGUAUUAUCGUUGCUGGUUGGGAUAAGCGAGAUGGAGGCCAGAUUUACCAAAUUACUUUGGGUGGUAUGUUGAAACGUUUGCCUGUCGCAUUCGGUGGAUCGGGUAGUGUUUUUAUUAUGGGAUAUGUCGACAGUACUUUCAAGCCUAAUAUGACUCGGCAAGAAUGUCGUGAUUUUCUCGUUAAAGGUAUAACUUUGGCGAUUCACAGAGACGGGUCAAGUGGUGGCUGUGCUCGACUUGCAACCAUUAAUGAGAGUGGAGUUGAGAGAGAAGAUGUCACUUAUGAUGAGUUGCCUCCUUUGAUAUAAAUAUCUAUUGAUUAUAAAUGAUAUUUAAAGUAAAAAAACAGUUCAUCUUGAACUGAAAAAUUUAAUAAAUGCUAAACAUUUGAAAAACAAAAUUUCUAUUGUAUGAUGAAAAUUGAAUAAAAAAUUAAGUUUGAGUUGCGAGCAUUAAAAGCGUGUGCUCAAAGGAAACUUUCAGAAUGAUCAACAUAA